AUGGCAUUCAAUCAGUUCAGAGGGACUGGAUAUCUGGACGACAUGAAUACUGACGCUGGCACGUACCUUCAGCAGAAAUUCGGUAUCAUCACCCCCAACCGUCAUAACGAAAACAUCUCACCCCCUGGAUGGAGCAAGACCGGUCGUUACACACGCGAAGAGAUUGAUUUCUGGAGGGAGAGAUUCAAGGAAAUUAAUACCAGCGGUGAUCGUUAUAUCGAACCGUUUGAGAUCAUUAAAUCUGCGAAAGAGGACGGUUUCGAGAUGAGUGAUGAGGAGGCCAAGGAGUGGAUCGACACGUUGGAUGAGAACCACGACGGCAAAGUCUCAUUUAGCGAAUUCAUCAAAGCGUUUGGAGAACUAAAGAACAAACAGUGA